CCGGCGCCCGCGCAGUCGCUCCACGCUCUGAGGUCUCUGCCCUCCUCCGAACAACUUGUCAGAGAACGCGUCACUGCGUCCGCGCAUUCCUUAACACAAAAACUUCGAUUUUCUUCCAACCGAAACCCUUAAUCGUGAUAACUUCCCGGAACUUUUAAUGUGACCCCAAAAAGCCUUUUACAAGCUCUCAACGUUUCAGGAGUUCAAUGUGAUUUGUGAAAUGUUCCGAAUUAUGGAGAUUUUAUGUUUGCAUAUCGACGAGGUGAUUUUUUAUCGUGCUUGAGCGCUUAAGUGGAAGUUUGUGUGAAUUAUUGAGAGAAACACUUGCCUGGAAAGCUUCAAAGAUAAACCCGCACUUUACGGAAUAAAAGGACACAAUGUGGCUGCUCAUCCUUCUAUUCAUGGUCCCAGUGCUGAGUCAGCAAUGGGUGCCUUGCUCAGAGCUGAAUGACGACCUCCGGUACCCCUGCCAGUGUAGGGUGCAAGUAGACCGGGCUCUGCAGUUGAGGAUCCUGAUGGACUGCGACCACGUGGUGUUUGGUGGUGACUUCCCGCCACUACCGUAUGGUGCACCAAUCAUCUCCUUCAGCCAGAGAUGGGCUGGACAACAGACUUUGCCUACUCAGAUUUUCUCAUCAUACGGGCUCCCAUUGAAAGAACUGGACUUCUCUCACAACAGUCUCCGGCGUCUCCCGGACCGCCUGCUAGCCGGUGUCCGGGGCAACUUGACGAGGUUGUCUCUUGCUGAUAACCUGCUGGGGGAUAACCUCAAUCCAAUCUUCUCAACUGCUGAGCUGCAUAACCUGCCAGCCUUGGAGGAGUUGGAUCUGAGUGGCAACAGCAUUAGGGGCAUUGAGAAAGGACUGCUGAUAGGUUGUGACGUUCUAAAGAUAUUACGGCUGGAUCGCAAUAAUAUCCACUCGGUGCCGUCGACCUCGCUCAACGGCCCGCAAGCGCUGAGGGUUAUUUCUUUGAGGGAAAAUCGAAUCGUGUCUAUCCGCCAAGCGUCAUUCGUGUCACAAAAGACACUUCAAGAAAUAGACCUCCACGGAAACAUGAUCUCUGCGAUCGAAGGGGGCGCUUUUGUAGGUCUGCGGGAACUCCAGUCUCUGGACCUUGGACGCAAUCGACUCUCCAAGUUCAACAGUGACGUAUUCCAGGGGACAGAGAACCUUGAGAAAUUGGACUUGUCUGAAAACUUCAUAACAGACUUCCCGACAGUCGCAUUGAAGUCGUUCGUAGCGCUUAAACAUUUGAACCUGUCCAGUAAUAUGAUAACGAAUAUCGAUAAUAGUCAUUUGAGCUCAUUAGUGCCGUUACAAAUGUUGGAUCUCAGUAGAAACAACUUAGUAAAGCUGUCUCCAGGCACAUUCGUGGGGCUCACUGAACUUCGCUAUUUAGAUGUUGGCGUCAACUCGCUAAGAACUGUGGAGGAUGACGCAUUUGACGGCUUAACAAGUCUUCAAACUCUUCUCCUUCGUGACAAUAAUAUUCUUCUCAUCCCUGCGACUGCCCUCUCUCGUCUGCCCAACUUAGUUUCCGUACAUUUAGGAUUUAAUAGAGUGACCGCACUAUCAAGCGAUAUCUUACGAGCGGUAUCCGAUAGAGUUACAUCGUUGGUUCUAUCAAGAAAUGUCAUUAGAGAAUUACCGACAGCAGCUUUUGAACAUUUUAAAAUGUUACAUCAUUUAGACUUAUCUGGAAAUCUUUUGAAUUCAAUCGCUGCUGAAGUUUUUACUGGCUUAGAACAAUCUUUGCAAUAUCUGUCCUUAAGUCAAAAUAGAAUAUUAGGAUUCACAGGACAAAAAUUAAAAUUCAUAAAUCUCUGGUUCUUAGAUAUAUCAGGCAAUCAAAUAUCCGAAAUUCCUGUUAAUGCUUUCGAUUCAAUUCCGAGUUUAUUGUAUUUGAAUAUGAGUUACAACGACCAUAUAAGUACACUUCCUCAAAAUCUCUUCCAAAACAAUCAAGGAUUACAGUCUAUUGAUUUAAGACAUAUCGGUUUGAAAGCACUUCCUGUAAAUCUUUUUACGAAAACACCCAAUGUUGAAUACAUUUACUUAUCUCAUAAUAAUUUGCAGGAGAUAACAGAAAAUACCUUUAAGAAUUUGAGAAACUUAACUCAUUUAGAUUUGUCGUACAAUAACAUUGUAAAUAUUCGAACGCCGUCCUUUGUGAAUGUAAUGUCUAUACAAUAUUUGUCUUUAAAAGGAAAUCAACUUAAUGCUUUCAAAGGAGAAUUUUUCAAUACCGGUACUAGUUUAGACGUUAUAGAUUUAUCAGACAACCAGUUGAGUUAUUUAUUCCCUUCAUCAUUCAAAAUACAUCCACGCUUAAGAGAAAUAAUACUUACAAAUAACAAGUUUAAUUUCUUCCCGUCGGAACUUAUAAGCACUCUGCAGUAUCUUGAAUUAGUAGAUUUAUCUGGAAACGCUCUAAAGAAUGUCGAUGAGCUUGACUUUGCUCGACUACCGAAACUUAGAACUUUGUUGUUAGCAAGAAAUGAGUUAGAAACAAUUAGCGAGAUGGCAUUCCAUAACUCUACACAAAUCCAGCAUUUAGAUUUAUCAUAUAACAAAAUUGAUCGAUUAGGUGAUAGACUAUUUGAGGGAUUGAUUAGAUUAGAGCUGCUUGAUUUAGGUGGAAAUAUCCUCACAGAACUACCUGACAACAUAUUUGAUCGAACUAGGUUGCAUAUGCUAGAAAAAAUAGUGCUUAAAGAAAAUUUAUUCGAACAUCCUCCUCUGAAAGCAUUACAAAAGCAAUAUUUUUUCGUGUCGUCUGUUGAUUUGUCUCAUAAUGAAAUAGUUGACAUACCAGCCGAAAAUAGCGUUAUGGUAAAUAUAAAGAAGUUGGAUCUCUCAUUUAAUCCUCUCUCUCAAAAAACUAUCAACAAUAUUUUGACAGAACCAAAGACAGUAAGGGAGCUGAACUUAGCUGGUACAGGAAUGUCACAUGUGGGCCAGCUAGAGACACCCUUUUUAUAUAGUUUGAAUUUAUCAUAUAACAAUAUUACACAAUUUUCCGAUAGUACUUUUAACAGGACUACUCUUUUAGAAACUUUAGAUAUUUCUCAUAAUCAGAUUGUUGAUGUAACUGGAUCUCUUGUCAGUUCUUGGCCUAAGUUAAAGAAUCUUCAAACUCUUAACAUUUCGAGCAAUCCCAUUACCAUGAUACUAGAGGGAAACUUCGACAGUCUGUCUUCACUUCGGAUCCUUGAUAUGAGAGAUUUAGACAGAUGUACUCGGAUAGAGAAAAAUGUAUUUAGAAGUUUACCUAAUCUUAUUGAGUUGCGUGCUUAUGGUUAUCCAAGAUUGGGAUAUUUUGAUGUACAAGGUACUUUGCAAUAUUUAUUUGCUUUGGAGAGGUUAGAUGUCGAAUUGAAAGAUACAAAUAUUGGUGCUGAUCAAUUGCACUCUACUCUUCAUCCUCGCCUUGAAGAAUUGGGUAUAAGAGGAUCCAGGUUAAAGACAGUUUCUUCGGGUGUUUUAGCGGGCUUAAAAGCACCAGCAAUUACAGUCAGAUUUCGUAACACAUCAGUCACUAGUUUGCCACCAGCUCUUCUUUUUCCACUACCAAGAUCUUCGCAAAUAACUAUAGAUGUUGGUGGUAGUCAGCUAAGUACGUUGCAGCCCCAGUUAUUAGUUGCUCUAGAUGAUCGUCGUGCAGAUUUGUCAAUGUUUGGAUUGGAUUCAAAUCCAAUUAAAUGUGAUUGUAAUGCAAGAGCUCUGAGAAGAUGGCUACCUGUAGUUGGUAUUGAUGAUGUUCGUUGUAAUUCUCCAGACCAUUUGGCUGGAUUCUUGCUAGUCGAAAUUGGAGAUGAUGAAUUAUCGUGUGAAACGAAACGAAGAACCACCGCAAUAUCUUCUACUUCUAGCAUGGCAACAACAUCGCCUCCACGUUUGGUUCACAGAACAUCAGCUGAGCCUGACAUUAUCUGGUCAGUCGCUCCUUCGCACGAAAGACCUAAGUCUGCAGGUGAACCGAAAGGUGCACCAGUGGUCGGUGUAGCCACUUCAACCAACGAUGACAAUUUAAUUAUAGGUAUAGUCGGCGGUGUAGUAGCCUUUAUUGCUAUAUUGAUUGUAGCAAUAUGUGUUGUUAGAUUGAGAAUGACGUCAACGUCAUACAGGGGAGGACCGUUAGCAAGUAGUCCUACGACCGGAGCUACUCCAAUGUGGGGUCCUCCAUGGCCUGGCUACGCUGCAACGCUUCCCCCUGCAUCCUUGUCCAAUGCAACAUUACCCCAUAAGAUGCAACAGGGGCCAGGUUCUGUUAGGUACUUAGCACCGCCACCCCCAGCACCGUAUUUCAUAAGCAUGCCACCUCACGAUGACAAAAUUUAUUGGUAAGUUUCUGAGAAAAAAAAAAAAUAGUAGUAUUAUGCCAUUGAUCUGUAAAUAAAAACACAAGAAUUAUCAUAUCAAUAGUGUGUUUCUCUUAAUGGAAACUGUAACUUGUGUAUUGAUUAUAUCGUUGUAGAUAUUUAUUGCUCAUGUAGUUCUGAUGAAAAAUAUUUUACGACUAAGAUAGCUUUAUCUAAUAGUAUUUUACCAUAAUUAUAUCGGGCUGGGUUCUUUGGUCUAGUCUCCAGUGACAUUUCAGAAUAAUUCCAUAAAAAGAAAUUAAAUUAGUGUUUAAUUAUACGAUUUAUUUAUAAGAAAAGUAUGGGAUAUGUUGUCAACGUGUAAAAUAUUUAUUUAACAUA